AUGGGAGGGGGGCUGACGGUUUUUACGGGGGGCCACCAACACGAAGGAGGUCUCCUUUUUCCCUACUGCUGGGCAUCCCUUUGCCUCUCCAUCUCUCUGUGCUAUUACCUAGCCCUCGCUCGUGUCGCUACACUACACUACAUACAUCAAUUUACAUUCUUGCCGUCGGCCAUUGACACGCGCGUCGCAUCCCCUCGUUACCCAUUUGUUUUGAGAUUAUUUUCCGCCGUGUGUCUCUCGGCCUGCCUGGAACUUGCUUCCGUCACCACUGAGACCUGGGCAACGCAGACUCAGCCCCGUCCCUCCACAACCACCCACUCGGAGUCGAUCCCUUCGUUGGUGGCUGCAGGCCUUGUCCGACAACAAAGUCCUCUUCUCCAGGUUGAACCCCGCCAGAUACUCAUUGUGACCUUGAAUACUGGAACAGUUAUCGUUCACGAGGGCCUCGACGACACAUUUGCCGCAAUGCGGACAUCAUCGCCACUGUCGCUGAGGCGCGCGCUUCUGCUGACGUCCUUCUUCGCUGCCGGAGUCUACGCCCAACAAAACAACGACGACGAAGACGAAGCACAGACAUCGCAAACACAAAACACACAGCCAACGCCCACAAACAACCGGCCAUCGACCUCCUCCGCGAAUGCGCAAACGAGCCAAACAUCUUCUCCCACCAACGCUCCUCCCCCGCUGUCUUCCAGCACCCAAUCCGAAGAAACACUCCCUUCCCUUCCUCAACCGACCGCCGACUUGACCCUCACCGAUCUCCCGACCCUCUCCUCCCGUCCCGACCUCAGCAUCCCGACUUACCCCCCUCCCGCCAUCCCGCCCACCCACAAUGCUCCCUUCAUGAACCACUCGACCCUCCCAGAUGGCACCGUAUUUAUCGCCGUCGGCGCCAUCCUGGCCGCCUUUGGCCUCGCCGUCCUCCUCUGGCGCGGCAUCCUCGUCUGCCUCCUCCACCGCAGCGUAGAACGCGCGGCCAUGGCCCAGCACGCAGCAAACGACAAGUCGGCCGCCUCCUUCCCGGCUCCCCCGGCCCAAUUCUACAAGUACCUCGAGCGGGAAUCCAACGCCUCUCUUCCUGUUGCUGGCGCCAACUCGGGAACCAACAGCGGGAUCGGCACCCGGCGCACCCACCGCGGUCCUACCCCCUCGGCCACCCCCUCGCAAACAAACCUGUUUUUUUCACCUACGGCCGGCCACGGAGCGGCAAUGGGUGGCGGCGGUGCCGGAGCGGGCUCCUCAAACCGCGACUCGAGGUUUUUACCCUCUGGGUUUUAUGCCUCAGCAUCACCCAAUCCUGGUGGUGCGGGUGCGGUAGGUGGUGGUGGUGGUGGUGGUGGUCAUCAGCAUGGAAACUCUGUUAGUCUGUCUACCCUGCGACCGGCAUCACGAGGAAGGGGGCAGAUGAUGGGGCCUAGUCCGCCCGAGUCCCCGUCUAUCGAUCCGAGAAUGGGAGGGGGGUUUAGCUCGAGCUCGCUGAACUUGAACAGGCCGCCUAGCGCGGGGGCGAGGGCGCCGAGUGCGUAUUUGGAUGACUUGUUGGAUGAUCAGCCGGGGUUGUUUCCUCCUGCUGGGGGGCAGCCUGGGCAGCAGGGGGGUGGGUAUAAUGGGGGGCAGCAGAAAGGGAGGUUUUAG